UCAUCGGUCAGUUCUAUGGUUCCAUCGAAGCCCAUCAGCUUCGUCGCACCUAUGAUUGCCUUCGCCGUCGCCCUGCUCUUCCUCUCCCGGUUCCUCGAAUUCCCCACUCUUUCUUCUCCCCUUUCAACCAAGAUCCCCUCCUCCACAUCAUCAAUAUCGUCGAUCCCCUCCACUCCACCUUUUUCGUCUUCUCGUCUUAAUUCGAGGGCUAAAGAGGCAUUCUCGGACUUAAGGUCUGCUUUUGCGAGAUGGGACGCGGAGGUCGGAUGCGCGUUGUUCAUGGAGCAUCACAAGGGAUGGGCGCCGAACCCAUCAGCCGUGCAGGAUUCCGGCGGAAGAGUGGAUUGCGGGGGGUUGAGUCCCGCGCACGUUAGUGUGCUGGUACAAGGGUGGACUUGGAUCCCAGAUAAUUUGGAUAAUCUCUAUUCGUGUCGAUGUGGGUUGAGCUGUCUCUGGACGAAAUCUCCAGUGAUGGCGGAUAAGCCUGAUGCAUUGCUUUUUGAAAACGUUAUACCUCCGACAAGGAGACGAAAGGGAGAUCCUUUGCGUGUCUACAUGGAUCUUGAGGUUAGCAGGAAACCUUCAGGUUAUGAAGAUAUUUUUAUUGGUUAUCAUGCCAAUGAUGAUCUACAAUCAACAUAUGCGGGCUCAUUGUUCCACAACAACCGGAACUAUCAUAUUUCUUCCCUCAAAUUGAAUGAUACUCAUGUUUAUUGGUCUUCUUCAAGGUGUCUCUCCCAACGCAAUCAACUUGCCGGCAGAUUCCUCUCACUUGUUCCACACCACUCCUUUGGGAAAUGCUUGAACAAUGUUGGAGGUCUGGACAUGGCACUGUCCUUCUACCCUGAGUGCUCCAACGGUAACUCUGGCCUUCAUUGGUGGGACCACCUUCACUGUGCCAUGUCACACUACAAGUUUGUUCUUGCCAUUGAGAACACUGUAGCGGACAGUUAUGUGACUGAGAAACUGUACUAUGCCCUUGAUGCGGGUGCAGUUCCUAUCUAUUUUGGUGCCCCCAAUGUAUGGGAUUUUGUGCCACCCAAUUCAAUUAUAGAUGGAUCAAAAUUCAGAUCAAUGGAAGAAUUGGCUUCUUAUGUCAAGGCUGUGGCCGAUGAUCCCGUUGCAUAUGCUGAGUUCCAUGCAUGGAGAAGGUGCGGUGUGCUGGGUAAUUAUGGUAGGGCUCGUGCUGCAAGCCUGGACACGUUGCCUUGUCGAUUAUGUGAACUUGUUAGGAGCAAACAAGGGAGGUAAGGAACAUUAUGAGAUAGAUAUUUGGAUUUGAGAAAUUCAUUCACUUGAGCUAACUUUGUCCAAUUGUCUUCUUGAAUUAUUUUUGGGGCAUUGUGGCUCCCAUACCUUUUUGAGUAGUCCGAGUCCUGUACUCAUAAAAAUGGUGGGAAAUAUCACAUAAUUCAAUGGAAUAGUCCUUUGUGGGUUUCACUCAAGCUAUGUUUUGAUUCAGGCAGCAAUGUAUCUAGACUUCUACAGCGAAAGCAAUCUAAUAAAGGUUUACUUUGAAA